GGUAAGAAAGCCCCCCACCUUCUUUGUUUUUUCUAACCUUCUUCAUUGUUGAAUUCAUCAUUUGACAGGAUAAGAUAUUCCUAUUUCUAUGUGACCUUGUCUCUCUCUUCUUUUUUUUUUAGUUCAUCCCUGCGCUGUUUCAUGAACAAAAUGAUCAAAGCUGUUUAUUCUUUUCUGCUCUACUUUGCCUUGUUAUUUAUCAUAUCAGAAGCAGAAUCGAACAGGCUCAGGCCUCUAGCUCUCCACUCUUUCAAUCUCAGUUUAAUCCAGAGUGUGGGAAGCUGCUCAUACCAAGUGAUCAUAUCAACAAGCUGCUCCUCACCCAAAUACAACCGCGAUCAGAUCAGCCUUGCUUUCGGGGACGGUUAUGGCAACCAGAUAUAUGCACCAAGGCUAGAUGAUCCAUCCACGAAUACAUUCGAGCAGUGCUCCUCUGAUACAUUUCAGAUAACCGGACCAUGUGCCUAUCAGAUAUGCUAUGUUUAUCUGUAUAGAACAGGUGUUGAUGGCUGGAAGCCAGAGACUGUGAAGAUCUAUUCGUAUAUUUCAUAUCCUGUUACAUUCGAUUACGACAUUUUUAUUCCUGGAGAUAUUUGGUACGGAUUCAAUCUGUGCCACAGUGCCUCUUCUGCACAUGAUCGACGAAUUCAGGGAUGGUUUGUGUUAAUCUUUAUAUCAGUUGUUGUUGUUGUUGUUAUAUUGUAAUCCUUAAUCAUGUGAUGUCUGGUUAUAAAAUUUCUGAGCUAGGGCCUUAUGGUAUUAACUAGUAAUAGUUGAAGUUGUGGCUAAUUGCUGUACUGGCACAGAUUUGAGGAAAGAACUAUACAUCUUGCAGAUCAUUGUUAAUUUAAUAUAAAUUUUAAUA